AGCCCAGAAGUCAUGAGUCAGAAGGUGGUCCUGAUCACCGGCUGCUCCUCGGGAAUCGGUCUGGCUCUGGCCGUACGCAUUGCCAAAGAUGAGAAGAAGAGGUUUAUGGUGUAUGCGACCAUGAGGAACCUGUCCAAAGGAGAGGCUCUGGUGGAGGCAGCGGGGAAGGCUCUGGGCCGGACUCUAGAGAUCAAACAAUUGGACGUGUGUGAUGAGAAAUCUAUUAAAGCCUGUGUGGACAGCUUGCCCGACAGGAAGGUGGACAUCCUCAUAAGUAAUGCCGGCAUGGGUCUGAUUGGGCCAAUCGAGUGCCAGACCAUAGAGGAGAUGAAGACGGUGAUGGACACAAACUUCUUCGGCCUGGUGCGUCUGCUGCAGGAGCUGCUCCCCGACAUGAAGAGGAGGAAGAAGGGGCACAUCGUGGUCAUCAGCAGUGUCAUGGGUAUCCAAGGAAUUAUUUUCAACGACAUAUACGCUGCUUCCAAGUUUGCCGUGGAGGGCUUUUGUGAAAGUUUAGCUGUUCAAGCCCUGAGGUUCAAUCUGAAUAUCAGUCUGAUUGAGCCUGGUCCGGUCAUCACAGAGUUCGAGCGUAAAGUCUUUGAGGAGGGAAUGAAGGUGGACCUGAGUAAAGCUGAUAAAGUGACUGCAGACAUGUUCACAAACGUCUAUCUGAAAAACUAUGGCCAGAUCUUUGAGACGAUGGGACAGACACCAGAGGACAUCGCAGAGCACACUCUGAAGAUCAUCACGAUGGAGAAUCCUCCGUUCCGUCACCAGACAAACACACUGUACACUCCCAUGACCACUCUGAAGUACGCUGACCCCAGCGGAGAUCUGCCCAUAGAAACCUUCUACAAGAUGGUCUUUGAACAUGACAAACUGUUCAGCGCCAGCCUCAACUUCCUCAAGCUGCUGCGCUGGAGGAGCCGCAAGAGCUUCACUCUAGACAAGGACAAGGACAAUGCCUCAUCAUAA